AUGUCAGUAUCAUUAUCUAAAGUUUUAACUCCAAAGUAUAUUGUACCAAUUGUUGGUGUUGCAGCUGCUUCAAUUGCCGCUUAUCAAUACUCAACAGCCACAAGAAAUUUUAUUAGUAAUGAAUCUGGUAAAACUUUCACUGGAGGAGAUGAUUGGAUUGAUUUAAAAUUAAAAUCAACUGAAACUUUAAAUCAUAACACUAAACAUUUAACUUUUGAUUUAAAAAAUCCUGAUGAUGAAAGUGGUUUAAUAACUGCUUCAAUGUUAAUGACUAAAUAUGUUACUCCGAAAGGAAAUAAUGUCAUUAGACCAUAUACUCCAGUAUCAGAUCCAAAACAAAAAGGAACAAUUGAUUUUGUUGUCAAGAAGUAUGAUGGAGGUAAAAUGUCCACUCAUAUUCAUGACUUAAAAGAAGGUGAUACUUUAUCUUUUAAAGGACCAGUUGUUAAAUGGAAAUGGGAACCAAAUCAAUUCAAAUCAAUUGCAUUAAUUGGAGGUGGUACUGGUAUUACUCCAUUAUAUCAAUUGUUGCAUGAAAUUACUUCAAACCCAAUUGAUAAAACUAAAGUUCAAUUAAUUUAUGGUAAUAUUUCACCAGAUGACAUUUUAAUUAAAGACAGAAUUGAUGAAAUUGCUUCAAAACAUAAAGAUCAAGUUAAAGUUCAUUAUUUCGUAAAUGAUGCUAAAAAUGAUUCAAAAUGGGACGGUGAAGUUGGUUACAUUACAAAAGAUUUUUUGAAAAAGGAAUUAGAAAAACCAAAUGCAGAUUUUAAAAUCUUUGUUUGUGGUCCACCAGCUUUAUAUAAUGCUAUUAGUGGUAACAAACCAAGUCCAACUGAUCAAGGUGAAUUAACUGGUGCAUUGAAAGAAUUAGGUUAUGCAAAAGAACAUGUUUUUAAAUUUUAA